GAAGGAAAGAAGCAAGAAACCUGAACAUUUCAAAGACAGAAGAAAAGAAAAAAAAAAAAAACAGAGAAAUUCUGUCCGAUUUCUUCUUCCUCUGAAAAUUUCUCCUUCUUCUUUACUCCAUGUGUAAGCUUCUUUGUCACUUUGUCCUGUUGAGAAGUAAAUAAUUGUUUUUCGUUAGUAUUUGAAGAAGGAAUAGGAAGGGAGGAAGGGAUUCUUUUGAAUCAUGGAUCAACUCAUCAACUUUAUAAUACGUCCACCCAGAGCUGAAUACAACCCUGAGCAUGAUUUAUUGGAGCCAGAGUUCAUGCUGAGAGGGAAAUGGUACCAGAGAAAGGAUACAGAGAUUAAAAACAGUAGAGGAGAUGCUCUACAAUGUAGUCAUUAUAUGCCUAUUGUUAGUCCUGAAGGACAAGCUCUGCCCUGUGUAAUUUACUGCCAUGGGAACAGUGGGUGCAGAGCUGAUGCUAGUGAAGCUGCUAUAAUAUUGCUGCCAUCAAAUAUUACUGUUUUCGCCCUUGAUUUUUCAGGAUCUGGCUUAUCUGGAGGAGAGCAUGUUACUUUGGGUUGGAAUGAAAAGGAUGAUCUGAAGGCUGUGGUUGAUUAUUUACGGUCAACCGGACAUGUAUCUUUGAUUGGCUUGUGGGGGCGGUCAAUGGGUGCUGUCACCAGCCUGAUGUAUGGAGCUGAGGAUCCUUCAAUCGCAGGAAUGGUUCUUGACAGCCCCUUCUCAAAUUUGGUUGACCUGAUGAUGGAACUAGUGGAUACCUAUAAAUUCCCUCUACCCAAGUUCACUGUUAAGUUUGCUAUUCAAUACAUGAGAAAAGCCAUCCAGAAAAAGGCAAAGUUUGACAUAAUGGACCUGAAUGCCCUUAAGUUGGCAAAAUCGUGCUUCGUUCCAGUUUUAUUUGGGCAUGCUAUUGAAGAUGAUUUCAUACAUCCUCAUCACUCAGAUCAAAUAUUUGAAGCUUAUGUGGGAGACAAGAAUAUAAUCAAAUUUGAGGGAGAUCACAAUUCUCCCCGCCCUCAGUUUUACUUUGAUUCCAUAAAUAUCUUCUUCCACAAUAUUCUGCAACCUCCCGAGGAUGAGGUGGGAGCAACUUUCUUUGACCCUAUGCAGGACUACUUUGGUAAGGGUGCUUGGACUAUGCCUAACAUUGGUUUUCUUCCAUCCUCAACUACAUCUAAAGAAGCAAGCAGCACAGUGGGUGCCAUUAAAGAAAUUCAUCCUAAAAGGCCUAUGAGUCGUAUGGAGGUCCCUUCUGACAUCCCAGCUAAAGAUAAUCAAUCUGAAUCCAAGGAUAAAGAUGACAGUGAUGAUCAUGGCUCAUCAUCGUCAAAAAUGAUAAGCUUUGAAUUGUCAAAUGGCAAUCCUUAUGGUCCACAUGUUCCAACAACAAUGGAUGAUGAUCAAUUUGUGGAAUAUCAACUGGAUGACUUGACAGGCUUUCCGUGCAGUGCAGAGGACGAAGAACGGAUGUUCAUGCAAGCAGUGUUGGAAUCGUUAAAGGACUUGGAUAUGCAACGUCUGCAAACAGAAGAACAGGACGUUGCUACCUCUUCUUCUGAGUCUUUACAGAAAGAUUAUGUAAAUAGCAUGAAUGGUUCUUCCAGCACAACAGAACAGCAGAGUCCCUCAAACUCAGAAUCCACUUCCACUGCUGUAGAGCUUCAGGCGCCAGAGACAGCAUCUACACCAAUAAUUAACAGCCCCAAAAUGACCCCUGAGCACAUAACUCAUGAUUCAAGUGUGUUAAGUGACGGACCUGCAUCUGAUCAAUCCACCACUGAAUCGGGGAGCACAAGCAGCUCUGCUCGAAGUGAUACCUUAGCUAGCAUCCAGAGUUCAUCUGAUUCUGACUUGUCAGCCAACACAAAAGCAACUUUGACUGUUGAACGGAAUCCGACAAACAACAUUAUGGAUGGUUUGAUGCGUCGUUGGGAUCUAAACUUUUUUCGAAAUGGUAGAUGAAGUUAAAAGGACCUCUAGUGUGAAUCAUUCUUGUUAUGUAUCAUUCUGUAACUAAGCCUUAGAAAUUGUAGUGUCGUGAAAUGCUUAGAAAAAUAGAGAAAAGAAAGAAAACAAAAAUGAAAAAAAAAAAAAAUUGGUGCUGUGAAUGUGUUAAGAAAAAUGAUUGUAUUGGCACUGUUUUUCAUUUAUUUGCAAAUGAUUUCAUUAUUGUCCUGAAAAAUUCCAAUUAUCGUUGUAGGAAACUAGAGUUCAGGGUGUCUUCUCUCCAUUUCUCUUGCCUCUGUAAAUCAUGCUCUUGAAUCUCCUUCUACUCUACUAAGGUAUGAAUUUCUCACCAAACAUGGCUUCACCUUGAUCCGAUUGAUUCUGAUGAUGGUGGUUUAUGUCCUUUUAUGAGUUCUAAAAAAUUAUGUUCUUCGUUUGGAUAAUUAAUUUAAGAAACUCUGUUUAAGCAUAGCACAAGCUGGGGUUUGACAGCCUUGGAGUAGGAUAUGCUUCUUACUGUUUGGUUUAUGAAGAUGAUUUUUUUUUUUUUAAUGGAAUAUAAUUUAUUUUUCUAG